GAACCCACAACAUCGUUACGUUCGUCCGUACGGUCUGCCAAUUCAAUAGCGCACAGCUUCUAGCUUAUCUUUCUGUUCGCCUUGCACUCUGAAAACAACAUAUUGCCAAAGCCUCUGAGCCGUUGACCAUACUGUAAAACAGUUGAACAUCAUAGAUCGAAACCAUGCCUAACAACAACGGUGACGAUAACGACUCCUCUGAGGAGCUAACUGCAAAGAAAAUGGACUCGGUUUUGAACAGGGUCUCCUUCUUUGAGAAGUCACAGGAAAUUAUGCAAAGCAAAAUAGCUAGAACGCCACCCCGAAAGAAAGAGACAAAAAAGAAAGAAGAUCCGUCUCCGACACCCGAACCGGAAAAGGUGCCCGAGAAAAGCAGAGAAAGUAGUACAAUGUCUAGGGUGCAGCAAUGGGAAAGCAGAGCUUCUGGAAACAACGAAACGAAGAAAGGAUCCUUUUCCGGGACCGAAACUUCGUCCAGUGCCAAUCGGGACAUAUCACUCGGAUUUUCAGGAACUUCUGCAUCGAGCUCCUCCGAGGAUACCGACGAGCAGGAAGUCUUGAUGCAUUCUAUGACCAACGACGAUGAUAUUCCACUCGAGGAACUUUUUUCGAAUGCAGCAUCCCUCAAUGUUAGACUGGAAACCGCAAACUCUGCCAAUUCUCCGCCGCAAAAACUGUUCUCGAAAGACGGCGAGGAAAUCGUCGAGAACACUAAAAAGCAAGACGAAAACAAAGAAUCACCUAUUGCUGAACCUACAGCUGUUCGGACAGUCUUAUAUGACAGCGAUGAUGAUGAGAUGGACGUCGAGAGCGGUCAAGGACUAGCUAGAUAUAUGCCCGCUGCCGGAUUCAUGGCAAUCCCGUAUUCCAAUGGCAAACGGAAAAAGGAUGCAGAUGGAAUGAGUGUUGUCAGCGAUGACAUUAGCAUUGCGGCCAACGUCGGGAUUCUGAACACCAAGUUUGAGAUGCUACGAUACACAGUCCCUAAACCUGAUUACAAAGAAUAUCCACCAGAUAACUCUACCGAGAGAAAAUACAAGGUGAUAAUAAUGCUGUGUUGUGUGUUAUUGAUAGGUGUGAUCUCAGUCAUCAUUGGGCUUUUGGCCUCGAGAAGGCCUGAGAUUUUACCUUCUCCCGUGGUUACGACUGCUCCAAUGACUGCACCUAGCUCGCCGAUAACACAGAAACCUUCUUUAGCACCCGUUGACAUGGUACUAGUGGAAGAGGGACCUUCUUUGCCACCCGUUAGCGUUAUACCGGUGGCAAAGGAACCUUCUUUGGCACCUGUUGGCAUGAUACCAGUGGCAAAAGAACCACCUGUUGAGAUCGGAUUGCCACCAAUAAAGUACAAGUUUAAAAAUACUGCCACGAUUGUUGGUCAAGCAGAUGGAGAUCGAUUGGGAUCGGUAAUCUCAAUGAGCUCUGAUGGAACCUUCCUAGCAGCGUUGAGCAAUACCCCAAAUGCCCCAGUCCAGACUUUCCAGAGGGACGAAAAUUCAGGCGACUGGGUUCCCACCAUGGCUACCCCGGUAGAUAAUGCAACUAUUUCGACGAAUACUUCUUUAGCUUUUGGUUCCGACAUUUCCUCCGCGACGAUACCAGAAGAUGGAACUCCAGUGUUAGCCAUUUCAUCGCAAACUCAAGUACAAGUCUACCAGCUGGUGGGUCGGUCUUGGGUCAAUCGCGGGCAGCCGAUUUUGUGGGACGUUGAUACCGUUGCAUACUCUGCAAUGACUCUUUCCUCUGACGCAUCCACGCUAGCUAUGGGCUGUGUGGACGACAAUGGCGUCAUUAUGUCAGUCCAAAUCUACAGAUAUGAUUUAUCAUCAAAAGAAUGGACUCCCAUCGGUGGAAAUCCGCUUCUUUACGAUGCCCAGAACCGUCACGUAGGUGGCAACCAACGGAGAACCCUGCUCUCAAUUUCUCUCGCUCUUUCAAGAAAUGGGAGUGUACUCUCGGUAAAAGAAUGGGCUGUGGCAGAUCCACAGGUUGUCGUUCAGACUUUCGGGUUCAAGGACCUGAGUAGUGGUAGAGAUGAUCAUAGUGGAAGCUGGGAGGCCAUGGGAGGUCAAUUGAUGCAUCAAUUUGGUCCAGCUUCUGUAGCUCUCUCUGAGGAUGGAUAUACCUUGGCCGUGGUAGCCACUCAUCCUGGUGAAGCCGUAGUUUAUCGAUGGAUCGAAGGUUAUUGGAAAAAGAUCAGUGGCGAUGCGAAUCAUGGUUAUCUCCCUAGCGGGGGUUCAUCUGUUUCCCUCGCCCGGAACGGCUCCAGAAUAUUGAUUGGAAACCUACAGAAGGACGAGGCACGCAUAUACGACUACAGCAACAAUGAAACAUGGCUGCGGACGACAACUUUAUGGGGUUCUGGUUCAAGUGGCUUCGGAACUUCAGUGGCAAUGGAUGAAAGUGGUAGUACACUAGGAAUCGGUGCACCUUCUUUAUCCAGCCGUAACGGAAACAAUCUCGGCCAGGUUCGGAUAUAUUCAUAAGAACUCAUUAAUUUUGUACAACAUUUCACGCGGAUGUACCAGUUGUUAAGAAAAGACUAGUAAAGUACACUUAUGUAA